AUGUCGCUACCUUUCAUCACGUCUGCUCCAGGUAAAGUGAUCAUAUUCGGUGAGCAUUCCGCAGUUUACAAUGAACCUGCAGUCGCUGCUAGUGUCUCUUCGUUGAGAACAUAUCUUCUGGUGUCGCAACACGAGGAUCCGGAGGCAGUGGAGCUAGAUUUUCCUGAUAUUCAGUUUAAGCACAAGUGGUCACACAGCGAGUUUGGCUGCAUCCUGAAAGGCGAAACCAAUUCCAGAGCUUUGGAAAUGGCUCGAACGAAUACUCGGGAGCUCUCUCAGUUUUUGGUCGAGUCUUUGGAGAGUUUGCAUUCAGAUCUGAAAAAAUCGCUGUUUUACCAUGCAGCUUUUUCGUUCUCGUAUCUGUAUAUUUGCCUCUGUCCUCAAGUCAAAGGUGUGAGAUUCUCUAUCAGGUCUACUUUGCCCAUUGGAGCGGGUCUAGGGUCCAGUGCGUCAGUUUCCGUGGCGCUUGCCCUGGCGAUGAACAGGCUAAGUGGAGCGAUCACUUCGGACCGCGAGCUGUCGAUUGAAGACAAGAAACUGGUGGAGGAGUGGUCGUUCGUUGGUGAAAAAUGCAUACUCGGCACUCCAUCAGGCAUUGAUAAUGCGGUGGCUACUCACGGAAAUGCCGUUCUGUUCAAAAGGGAGAUGGAUGGCACCACAAACUUUGAGUUCGUUGAUGAUUUCCCUCAGAUCCCAAUGCUGUUGACUUAUACUAAGAUUCCGCGCUCCACUAAGACGCUUGUUUCGAAUGUUAGAGAGCUGGUCUCUAAGCAUCCUAACAUUGUAAAACCAAUUCUUGUGGCAAUGGGACAAUUGGCCACCAGAGGCGCCGAGAUCUUAGAUUCUCUCAGCGACGAGAACUAUCAUGAGUUGUUGGAACUGGUGCGUGUAAAUCACGGGCUAUUAGUCGGACUUGGCGUUUCUCAUCCAGGACUCGAAGCUGUGAGGUCGCUAAGCGAUUCUUUGGAAAUCGGCUCAACAAAGUUGACUGGAGCAGGCGGUGGCGGUUGCGCCCUAACAAUUCUGAAGAAAGAUGCCAAGCAAUCCGCGGUCAAACAAUUCAAGGAUACAUUGGAAAAUGAGCACGGUUACGCUCUUUACCAAACUCAAUUGGGUGGCAUCGGAUGCAGCAUCUUGCCCAGGGAAGCCAUCAGUGACCAGGAUCUCAAAAAAAUUCGCAUCCUCUUUACUGAGGACUUUGACAGCAAGCAUCUGGACCAGGUUCUGUUACCAGGUGAGUGUACAUUACCUUGGAUCACCUGA